AUGGCACCUCCCGAAAACACCGCAUCCGAUUCCAACACGGGGGAUGAUACGGUUCGCAGAGCCUCGGCGCCCAAAUUCGCCAACCUGACGGAGAUGAAGCGAGGAGCGGGUGCACAGAAUGCGCAGGCGAAUCGGCAGAGUUUCACGGAGCAGACCAAGACUCCCGGGUCGUUGGGGAGCAUGUGGGAUAGCUUCACCAAGGGCACGACACAUCCAAAGUAA